AAGACUGCACAUUUUUUACAGAAUCAAACCUUACCUUGCUCAAGAGCAGUUCAGUUUGGCAGCCCAUCCUCACCAAGAUCUCGUGAACCAUUCCCUUCCACAAAGUUGGGCCGGCAAACAGUACAUGUUCUAAACAGUAAAAAUACACACACAUUCUCUGGAAAACAAAUGUUUUCCAAGGCUGAAGGUCAAGACAACCAACCAAAUCUACCAAAGCAACAACAGCCACACGUGGAACUUGGAUCCACUUCCAGACGAAUCCACACUGACUCAUAUGUUCCACUUGGUUUAGGCUACAUCAAUGGCUACUUUCCAUACUCGGUUACAGACAAUGUGUCCUUGCAGCACAUAUCUGUACCAGACAAAGGACCUGGCCACCGCCAGCCCAUCCUCCUUGGCCGCAGCAGUGGCCGGACUCACACUUCCACAAAAGAGGGUCUUCGCCACAUAGUAGAUUCACAGGGUACUUCGUCUCCUGUCACAGCUCACAAGGACUUCAAAGAAUUCUCAAACAAGACUCUGUCUAAAACCUGGAAUGCAGACCAAUGCAAAAAUCAAGAUAGCCAAGAAAAGACAAGCCAGGCCAAGAAAUCAGAUCCCGAACAAAGUGGUAGUGGCAGCAAACACACUUUAAACCAAACCUUAACAUCUUUUUGCAAAAGGUUCAUUGAGGUUAGAGAGAGCACAUAUUGUGUCGCUGUGCCUUUUGAAGAAGUUGAAGAUGAUUUAUCACCCAAUAAGGACAAAGGUUUCCUUGCUAGCCAGACUACAUGGCAACAAGGCAUACAAACCUCCACAUCCCAGCCACCGUCUCUUUAUCACAACUGUUCUUCACCUCCUCCUCCUCCUCCCCCUCCAAGCAAGACAAUAUCAAUGGAAGAUUCUCUUAGUCCAUCUCAAGACCUCCCAGACCAGCAGACGAUGCAUUGUGCACGAACGUCUCCUGAACAAUUUUUUAAAAAGAGGCCAAGUAAAGUCCCAUGUGCUUCUAACAGCUUGGAAAGAGGUGAACAUGGUGCUGAUGGAAUUGAUGAAAGUGAUGAAGAGGACCAGGUCAAUCAGAACCUCUCCUCAAAUAUCUGUGCAAUCAAAGAAAGUUCUUGUAUUUGCACCAGUACCACCCGAUUCCUGGAGAGUCUAGCUGUUGGAUGCAGCACUCAUUCAGAUGGUUCAGUUUGUACCAGUAAGACACCAGCAUGUGGCGAUGCCUGUCUGCAAGUCCCAGCUGGUGGAGUUAACACCAAAACUCUGUUGUGUGUGUCUAUUGAUCAGAGAGAACAAAACACACCAGUUGAUGGCCAAAGCAUUGAUCCCAAGCCUCCUGCAUAUGGACACAAUGUCAGUGGUUGCUUAGCUCAGGAUCAUAUGCUGGAAAAUCAUUCCACAGUCACCAUCUUUAGCAAUGGGGAGAAGAACACCAAGGACAUCAUGGAUCUCCAGUUAGGUGAGGGGAAGAAUACUGGCACCAGCACCCCCACUGAACAUUUUUCUAGAUCUUUGAACAAUCAACCAAAAUGUGAGACCAAGGAACCUUGUGUUUCCCAGUCCAGCUGGACAAGUCAAGAGCAGUGUCAGCUCAAGAAAAACCAGGAAGAGAUGUCAGCAGCAGAAGAGGCUGAGCUGGCAGAUGGCCAGUGGGGCGACGCAGGAGGGGUUGAAGGGGGAGGGUUGGAGCGUUGCCAGCAGAGUGAGGGGAGGGUAGGAUCCCCCCCUCCUGCAGUCCACAUCGAAACACAGACAGGCAAGGAUGGGUGCCUGACAGAAAAAAAACAAAAUGAAGAAAGACACAAAGAGGAAAGGCAAGGGGAUCCUGUCACAGCCAGAGCUCUGUUUCACCAGAACAAUCCAUCCUCUGUGAUAGGACUCAGAGGUUUGGAUCCCAACAUGUCGACAAACCGGGAGCAUAUGUUCAGCCUGGAGCCGUUUCACCAGAGCAGCAUCAGUGGUUGCUGGAGGAAGCGAAGAAGAACGGAAGACAACGGGACGAAAAACGCAUUUAACAAUGAUGUGAUUCUGGAGGAUAAGCAAAAGAGUUGCAUCGAGCUGAAUGGCCCCUGCUUCAAAAAGGCCCACUUACCUGCUGAUGAUCUGAAAGUCCACAUGGCCCCGUCUCUAGGGUUGCCUCCUUCCCCAAGGCAGGUGGGCAGUCUUGGCCUCUGUCAGCCCUCCCGCCUCCAGGAGAAGCAUCAGAAAUUGAGGGAGAUCAACAGCGUCUCUUCACUCCUCCCGUUCUCAUCUGAUGACGACCUGGACAAACCCACAGGGAAACAUCCAUGCAAGACCAAGGACACAAUUGAGGCAGCAGAGGAGGCAGAUGAGGAAGUAGAGUAUGGGGAGGACAUGAUUUUGCAAGUUUCUCCGGACACAUGCUCGCCACCCCUGCAGCCAAACCUUGCCAUCAGACCCACACCCUCAGAAUUGCAUCAUCUAAUUGUGAAUAAACAUGCAGGAGAGACGCUGCUGCAGCAUGCCGCUCGGCUGGGAGACAAGGACGCAGUGCUCUACUGUCUGCAGCUGAGUCUCUGCAACGUCAACCACAGAGACAACGCUGGCUAUUGCGCCCUGCAUGAGGCCUGCAGUCGCGGCUGGCUCAAGAUUGUGCGCCACCUGGUGGAGCGUGGAGCAGACGUCAACUGCAGCGCUCAGGACGGAACCAGGCCACUGCAUGACGCUGUUGAGAACAACCACGUGGAGGUAGUGCGUUUCCUGCUGGCCUGCGGCGCCGACCCCACCCUGACCUCUUACUCCGGACAAAGACCAAUAAACACGACCAACAGUGUUGCCAUGGAAACUUUCAUAGAGGAAUAUCUGGCUGAUCUCCAGGGAAGGCCGGAAGGUCAUUCUGGAAUCUGCUGGGAUUUUUACGGCAGUUCCGUGUGCGAACCAUCCAGUGAGGGCGGAGUUUACAACAUCUUGGCCGACCCCCCUGGGCCUGAAGAUGAGGAGGCGGAUGAUGAGGAGGAAGAGACAGAGCAGCGGGUCAGAAGGGAGGGGUUUGAAUUUGAGCUGUCAGACCAACCACUGCUUCCCUGUUACACCCUGCAGGUGUCACCAUUAAUGUGGUAACUGUCGCUGUCUGAUGACCUUCAGCUGUGGUCCGGAGGUUCUAUACGCGGUUCGACUGUUUGCAAAGUGGAAUAGUAAUGAAAGACAACAGAAGGACAGUUGAACAACCACGAUCACAAAUGAUAGCAGCUAAUUUUAAAUAAUAGUUCCACUGAUUUUACACUGUUAGUAAAAAAAAAAAGGGCAUUUUUCAGCCCUUUUCCUCAUGUUGCUCUUCUUUAUAAAUGGAACGGAAUGGGGGAGUCCUGACAUUUUGAGCAACCGCAAACUCAUUCGCUAGCUAUUUUGAAUUGGGACUCCCAAAUAAAGAUGAGGGAAAAUCUCCUUAUUCCCUCCAACGCGUAGAAAUUUCUUGAUUUUAUUAUACUCAUUAUUGUCCCUUAAGGGGAAAUUCAACUCACACUGUUGCAUAUUUCUACAAAGUGGAGGUAAAAAUACACAGGUGGAUUAUAUCUUGUGCAGAUGAUGUAAUCUGAAGGAGGUUACUUACUGUAAGGUAGGGUUAGGGGAGAGUGUAGCUAGACAGCAUAGCAUUUUGACCAGAUUGUUCAACAGAAUUCUAGAGGGUGAGAAGCAAGGUUAUUAUAGUAAACAAAAACGAACAAAAUAGCUAAAACUAAAAUUGUAAAAACAUUUUUGUAGACAAAAUGAA